CCAAAACAUCAACAAAGUAUCGUGACAGCUUGUGGCUAGCAGUCGAAAAAACGUUACUGUCUUUAUAUCACCAGAUUUAAUACGGAUACGACCAUCAUGGCAUCUUUAUCUAAACAGGAUAAUUCAGACGACUUGAAUGAAUCCUGGGUUGAGUUACAACAGAAUUCUUUAUCAACACAAAUAGAUCCUGAAUUACCCCGAUCUCAGUCAGCAUAUAAUGGAAACUUUGAAAAGUUAUUACAAGAAGCACAACGAGAAUCACGAACACCAUCACGACCUAACAGUAAAGAGUCUUCAACUAGAACAAGUCCAAAGAAUCCAGGUAGUCCUACCAAUGAAUGGGUGAGUGGAAGUUGGAGAGAAAAACAGGACCCUGGUACAGAUUGGAUUUGGGAUUGGUCCAGUAGACCAGAAAUACUACCAAACAGUGAUUGGAAUGGUAAAUUUAAACAUCCUGGAGCCAAACCUAUUAAACAUACCCUCAGUGUACGCCAUUCUAAAGCUAUGAAAAAAGGUGGAAUAUUUAACUUUGAAAACAUACCAACAUUAUUGCUGACACAUGCUUGCACAUUUUUCUUAGGAGCAGCAGUUAUGUUUGUAUAUGUAAAGAAGUAUUGCACAGGAUGGACAAUGGUUUCAUUGGAUUGACCUGGUCAUUUCUAAAACUUAAUGGGAUCUGAAUGAUUGCAUGAAUGAUGAACGCAUGUCUAGUUUGGGCAAACUGUAUCUUUAUAUUGUAUAAGUAUAAUCACAUAUUUAUUAAUUUAUAUUCCCAAUCAUUAAGGAUUUCCUUAUUUUUCGAAUUUCUAAAAGCAAAUUUAUUCACUUUCAACUCUAUUUUUAAACCCAAACCAAAGAACUAUAUCUUCCUUCUAAACUUUUAAAAAAAAAAAAAUCCAUUUGAAAAAAUAAUAUGGAGACAGCUAUGUAUUAGAAUCUUAGAAUACAGCUUGAAUGGCUUGCAAUAACUUCAAACAGAAGUGACCAACAGAUUAAAUGUAUUACUUACUGAAUUUAUUCAAUAUGUAAUUUUAUUCUAACUCGUUUAAUUGCAUGUAGGCUAUCAAAUAGUGAAACACUAUUGCCUAUUUAAAGUUUUUGUGAAAUCAGUUUGAAACAAGAUACUUUAAAAAUCAUGCAGAAUAAAGUGGUUUGCAUUUAACCAAUUUGGCAAGCAAGAUAGGCCUACAUUUAACCUUACAUUAGGAUCAUGGAAAUUCAAAUUGAAUCGAAAUACAAAUUUCUUUUCCUAUCUAUCAUGUGAUAAAAUUUGCUUUUAUUUCGAUUUUUAUCCCUUUGUUUUUUAAAUAUGUGCAAUUAUAUCUUUUUUCUUUUAUCUUAAAGACAUUUUUAAUGUCUUUCAAUUUCUUUAACUUUGCGUUAUUAGAAUUGUAAAGAUGUUGUGUAUUAUUCAGAGAAUGCAUUAAUUGAACAUUUUGUCUCCUGAAUUUGACAAAGCCAAAUAAAUUGGUCAUUUAAUAUGCUUUUUACAUCAAGUUGAUUUUAAUUAUUUGUAAGUGCUGGUUUUUAGUUAGUGCUAGUAAGCAUUCAAUUUUUUAUCAUUUAUCAAACCCAAUCCAAUUAUCUUAUUAUUAUCUAUGUAUACUUCUAUAAUAUACUCUGAUUGUGUUUUAUUUCUACAUAUUUUGUUGUGAACAAAAAAAUCCCUAGAAAUGGACAAUUCAUGCUAAAAAAUAUUUGUUUAUUUUUUCUUGAUCAUUUCAAAAAAUCAUCUCUUUGAGAUUUGAAGUAGGAUUUAUACUACAUUAUAAUAUUGAUCUGCUUCAGUCAGAAAAAUGCAGACAUUCAGUAAAGCGCUAUGUCCUCCCAUAGCUUUUUCUGAACGAAAAAUUAUAUUUAAAUUUGUAUACACACAGUAAUCUGAUUGGUUGAGGAUAUAACUAUUAUUGACCAAUCAGAUGGUAUUGUUAUAAUUUAAAUUUGUGUGAAAAUGAUCAGAGCUGAGUGUAAACAAUAAAUAUGCCCAACAGAAAUGAUGAUAUGAACUGGUUUGUUGUUGAGAUAUGUAUUGUAUUUGUAAUUAUACUAAUUUGUUUCAAACUGGAGUGACAGUGGCACUUUUUUUUUAAGUCAUCCAUUUUUUCUUGUAAACUAUACCUUGCUCAUUAGAACAGAAAAAAUGUUCUAUUUACAGCCUUAAAAUAAUGUAUGAAAUUUUCAAUAUGUGACUUCCAAUUCUAAACAGGUUUUGGAUAUUGAGUACUGUUCAAUAUUAUAAUAAUUUGCUCUGUUCAUUUUAAUUUCAUUCCGCUCACUUUUAUGAUUCAUUUUACAUUCAAAGACUUCCCAGAUUAAUUGGAUUCCAUCUUCUGUAGAGGGUUUGUUUUUGUUUCAAAGGUUUGCUUGAAAUUUACUAAUAUUUUGAAAAAAAUAUGAAUUCUGUAAAUUUAAUGUUAAUUUCAUGUAUGUAAAACUACAAAAUUUUCUUUUUGAUAUUUAACUACCCUAUAUUUUGGAAAUAUGUGUUUUGGACAUUUAGAAGUGUUUAUGUGUUUCUUUGUUGAACUGAAAUAUUUUUUAUUAGUUACUAUCUGUAUUUUUGAGAUGGAGACAGAUUUGAAUUUGAUUGUCAAGAAUUGAUCCGUAAUGAUACAUUUAUGAGGUCAUUGAAUUAUAAAGAUAAUAAUCCUUUAAUUCUUACAAAAAACAAACUUGAUUGCUUAUGCUUCAAAUCUGCAUAUUUGAACCAUUUAAGUAAAAGAAUUGAGCAGGGUUCCAUUAUUUUGACUGAAUUCUAACUACAACUGUGCAUGCUAUACAUGCAGUAUUGCUAUGAUAACAUGUAUACUCUAUAAUGUGUAUAUGUAUUGUAUUUAUCUUGUAUUUAUGUACAUUUUCUUAUAUAUUCUCUAUAAACAUUGUAUAAUUCUAAUAGUAAUAAGGCGCACAUCAAUGUUACGUGUGGUUUAUGUUAUUUGGAUACAAAAUCUUUUUAUUUUUGAGAAUUUAAAAACUUUUUUAAAAAAUGCUUGUUUGGUAGCCUACUGAGUAUAUAAGUCUGCAACUUUUUGAUUGUGAGAAAAAUUUUUUUGAGAUUGCGUUUAAAAAAGUAAUGCACUAAAAAGUUUGGAUAAAUUUUAUUAAUCUGAAAAUUUAUUUACAUUGUAAAUUGUAUUUUCAUGGCUUUUGCUUUCAGAAUGGUAAACACAACUUUCAGUUUAUAAUUCUAAAUCAUUCACCUUAAAGAGGCAGUUUGCGCUAAAUUAUAUUGCAUAUUUUGAAAUAUUCAUAUCUUAAUCUCAAAAGAACUGUUACAGCAAUAAAUUUUGAAAAUCAAACUAUUUUCUAAAAAUUUAUUACCAUUGAAAUUAAUGGAAAUAUAAACAAAUUUAUAAAUUUGAGGUUCAAAGGGAAACAUUAAUUUUUUGAUAAAUAUUGUUAAUAUGAUGUUGGCGCAUACUCCCCCUUUAAGUACUGAUAUCCAAAAGACGCUGCAUUCCAGUUAGUUGCAACUUGUGUGAGCUGGUUCAGAAUCAGUUUGUAUAGUGCUUGAUAACUAUUUACUUUUAAUUAUCACUAGUCUAUUCAUUUUUAUUAUAUUAAUUGUAUUACAAAGAAAAUACAGUUUCUGGUGUAUUAAAAAACGGUACUAAUUUUCUUAAAUCAAACCCCAGUCAUGCACUAUGACCAUGUAAAUAAACAUGUUAGACCUAUAUCUUAGAAAAUUGUUGGUGCUGGAAAUUAAUAUUCACUAUUUUGUGUUGAGCUUACUGCAAUUCUAUUUUCAUGUUCUUGUCAUGGAGAAAUAUGAUAAAUUUCUUACAUGUUAAAUAUCUUAUUAAAAUGUAUUUGAUAUUGUGAUAAGGUGCAUGAUCUUAUAUGAAAUAAAAUUUAAUUGAAAU